AGAGUGCUCACAACUACUGUGGAUCUAUCUGCACCAAACAUAGAGUUUCUUUUUUGAACAACAGAAGAGAGAAAAUGGAGAUGGAUUCAACUGCUGCCCCUGAUGACUACUACGACUACGAUGACCAAGAAAACUCCACCAUGUGUGACUAUUCUGAGUGGACGCCGUCAUACUCUGUUAUCCCGGUACUGUACAUGCUUAUUUUCAUCCUCGGCCUCUCUGGAAAUGGCGUGGUCAUCUUCACCGUGUGGAGAGCCCAGGGUAAGCGGCGAGCUACUGACGUCUACAUCGGCAACCUGGCCCUGGCUGACCUUACCUUCGUGGUCACUCUUCCUCUGUGGGCUGUCUACACAGCCAUGGGCUACCACUGGCCCUUUGGAGUUGCCAUGUGUAAGAUCAGCAGCUACGUGGUCCUGCUCAACAUGUUUGCCAGUGUCUUCUGCCUAACCUGCAUGAGCUUCGACCGCUACCUGGCCAUUGUCCACUCCUUGUCCAGCACCCAGCUGCGUACCCGAGGCCACACACAAGCCUCCCUGACCGCCAUCUGGCUGCUGUCUUUUCUCCUGGCUGCCCCGACUCUGAUUUUCCGCACCACCAUCUACGAUCCAACCACCAACCGCACAUCCUGCGCCAUGGACUUCAGCCUGGUGGCCAAAAACAAGGAGCAGGAGAACCUCUGGGUCGCUGGUCUCAGCAUCUCCUCCUCAGCUCUGGGCUUUCUCUUACCUUUCUUGGCAAUGAUGGUGUGCUACGGCUUCAUCGGCUGCACCGUCACCCGCCACUUCAACACGCUUCGCAAAGAGGACCAGCGUAAGAGGAGGCUGCUAAAGAUCAUCACCACGCUGGUAGUGGUGUUCGCUGCCUGCUGGAUACCCUUCCAUGUUGUGAAGAGUGCUGACGCCCUCUCCUACCUGAACCUGGUUCCCGACACCUGUGCCUUCCUGCGCUUCCUGCUGCUGGCUCACCCGUACGCCACCUGCCUGGCCUACGUCAACAGCUGCCUCAACCCUUUUCUUUACGCCUUCUUCGACCUGCGCUUCAGAUCCCAGUGUCUGUGCCUACUCAACCUGAAGAAGUCCUUGCAUGCAAGCCCCGCCAGCUCUCUGUCCUCUCAGAAGACGGAGGCUCAGUCUCUGGCCACAAAGGUGUGACGACAGCUGAGGGCCCAGUGCAUGCUGGGAAAGAGGUGAACAAUGCAGAACAAUGCAGGUGAACUUUACAGCGCUGGGUGCUUGGCCGCUGAUCUUCUGCCCGCCAGUUUCAGGGUGUCACCUUCGAUCCUGUCUCACUCUGUGGACUUCAGAAGACGAACGCCAGACUCGUGGUCAUCGGCGCUGACCACACUCAAGCUCCAGGCUCACUGUCAGUUGCAGGGCAGCAAAACUGUACUACUUACUACAAAGGGACCAAGCAUCAGCCAGACUUGUAUUUUGUUUUUAUAAAAGUGGAAUGUAUUUUAAAAAAAGGACUACAUGCUCAUGUGUUACUUUUAGUUCUCCUGUGGACUUUAUGCAGAACACUGAGCUUUGAACUCUGUCCUCAAGUCCUGGUGAAGUGUAUUCCUCAUGCAUUUGCUCCUGCUGUUCUUGUUUUCAUUUGUAAGCACUUGAGGUGUGAUUUAUACCAGCAGUGUUACGUAUGACUGUGACUGUGUGUGUGUGUGUGUGUGUGCGUGUGUGUGUGUAGGAAGGGCGUGUCAGUCAAUAAGAUGUGUUAGAGUCUGAUAAGAGUGUUGUAAGAGGAGACGGAGAUAGUGGAAGGAGGGGGUUGGGAUACCCAGACAGACAGACAGACAGACAGACAGACAGACAGAUGGCAGCUGACAAAUGUUUUUAGGCCGGCCCAAUUAAAAGGUGACUGCUUUGACAGUCUGCUUGUGCGUGUGUGUGUGUGAGUGUCUGUGUGUGAAUGAGUGAGUGUGAGCAUGUCAGAAUGACAAUGAAUUUGUUCCUGACAAAUACAUGAAAGCAUUUUGUGAAUACGCAUUAUUUUGAAUUGAUGUUUAUGAUUUGUAAUAAUAAAAAAAAAAAAGGUGCUUUGAAAAAACA